CCCAGUUUCUCUGUCAGAUCCCAAGGUCCUCCAAGAUGGCUUCCAAGCUCGCUCAGAACCUGAAACAGCCGGCUCUGGACUUUUUGUCCUUUGUCAAUGCCUCCCCUACUCCCUUCCAUGCAGUCCAAUCUGCAAAGGAUCUUUUGGCCAAGGCUGGUUUCCAAGAGAUCAAGGAGAAGGAUUCCUGGGCGUCCACCUGCCGUCCUGGAGGAAAAUACUAUGUGACUCGCAACCAAUCUACCAUUGUAGCUUUCGCUAUUGGUAAGAAAUGGCAGCCCGGUAACCCCAUUUCCAUGAUCGGUGCCCACACCGAUUCCCCCGUGCUGAGGAUCAAGCCUGUCAGCAACAAGCGUGGGGAGGGCUAUGUCCAAGUGGGUGUCGAGACCUACGGAGGAGGCAUUUGGCACACAUGGUUUGACCGCGACCUGGGAGUUGCGGGUCGGGCCAUGGUUCGCAACGGCGAUGGCUCUAUUGUGCAGAAGCUCAUCAACAUUGACCGGCCUAUUCUGCGUAUUCCCACCCUGGCUAUUCAUCUCGACCGCCAGGAAAACUUCUCCUUCAACAAGGAGACUCAGCUCUUCCCCAUUGCCGGUCUCGUGGCCGCCGAGCUUAAUCGCACCGGUGCCAGCGAGACUAGCAAGCCCGAAACCACUGAGGAGGAAAGCGGAGAGUUCUCCCCUCUGAAGGCGAUCACCGAGCGCCACCACCCCUACCUGGUCGAGCUCAUCGCCGCCGAAGCCGGUGCUAAGCCCGCUGACAUUCUCGAUUUCGAGAUGAUCCUGUUCGAUACGCAAAAGUCCAACUUGGGCGGUUUGUUGGAAGAGUUUAUCUUCUCUCCUCGUUUGGACAACCUGAACAGCUCCUUCUGUGCUACCGUCGGUCUGAUCGACUCCGUUGCCGAUGCUUCGGCCUUGGACAACGAAUCGUCCAUCCGUCUCAUUGCUCUGUUCGACCACGAAGAGAUUGGCAGCCGGACCGCUCAGGGUGCCGACUCCAACAUGCUUCCUGCCGUGAUUCGCCGUCUGUCCGUGCUGCCGUCCGCGGCCGGCGGUGAUGCCGACAUUUCCACUGCCUAUGAACAGACCCUAUCCACCUCGUUCCUUCUGUCCGCUGACAUGGCCCACGGUGUUCACCCGAACUACUCCCCCAAGUACGAGAACGACCACCGACCGCAGAUCAACAAGGGACCUGUGAUCAAGAUCAACGCCAAUGCGCGCUACGCGACCAACUCUCCUGGAAUUGUUCUGCUGCAGGAAGUCGCUCGUAAGGCCGCCGAUGAUGGAGGCGAGGGUGUGCCCCUGCAGCUGUUCGUUGUUCGUAACGACUCCAGCUGUGGAAGCACCAUCGGUCCCAUGAUGUCGGCCAAGCUGGGAGCUCGCACGCUGGAUCUGGGUAACCCUCAGCUCAGCAUGCACAGUAUCCGCGAGACGGGCGGUACCUAUGAUGUGGGCCAUUCCAUCCGGCUGUUCACCAGCUUCUUCAAGCACUACGCCGACCUCUCCAAGACCAUUUUUGUGGAUUGAAAUAGAGCAUAGUUAGCAUAGCUAUUUGUAUAGCCUGUUCAUAAGAGAUACCUAACUAUUGAUU